AUGGAACUAUGUUACGACCCAAUGGAGCCGGAGCACAUCACAAAAUGUAAUUUCACCUGCGAAACUACCAACUGCGACAAUAACGCUCUACAUGUCAGCUGCCCAGAAGAACUAACAAGAGUUCCUUGUCCAGAAUCUCAAGCAGAAUUCAACUCUAUUUACACAUGGUUUCUUCUCAGUACAAGUUUAACUGUGCUGAUGCUCGACCCAAUUUUAAACCGAUUCGGAAUAUUUGUUUGUCGCUUUAUUUGCGUUCUUUUCACCACUGGGGGACUUGUCUGCAUGUGUCUUUACGAGACGAAUCCGUACUUGCUUUGGGGAGCAUGGCAGCUGAUGGGUGUCUCAGCGACAAUGUACAUCGUCAUUAAUAUCCGUGAACAAUGCGCACUUUUUCCCAACGCCUCUGGAAUCUCGCUCGGCCUGAUUAAUGGUUUCUUCGACGCUUCAGCCGGCGUUUUCCUUGCCUUCAAAUUCAUCUACGACGCAGAUCUUCCCAGCGUGACAGUACCACAAAUGUUCGCUUACUAUACAAUGGGAGUAAGUCUCAUCUGGGUCAAGCUUUUCUUUUUCUGUCCUCGCUUUGAUGUUCGAAAAGAAGAAAACUACACUGUACUAUCAGACUCGUUUGUUGGCGGCCUCUGCAAAAGCACCAAGAUCGAAGUCGCCGAGACUAAAACUGAAGAAGCGAAGCCGGUCACGUGGCAGGAGUACAAAAAGUCCGUCUUCAGUCUCAAUUUUCUACUCUUCAACAUAUUUUCGAUCAUCAGUACCGUGCGAAUUGCAUCAUUUCAAAUCUGGAUUCUCCCGUGGCUCAAGUGGACAUUUCAAGAUCUGCCUGAAGACGAAGCAAGUGAGCUAGUCUCGAAAAACAUGGACAUCUAUGGGAUCAUGUAUUUUGCCAGCAUGGUUAUCUGUCCACUGCCCGGCAUGUUCUUGAAAGCGCUGGAAAAAUGGAUUUGCAAGGAAAAACUGAAAGCCGAAUACUUUGGCCUCAUUUGGUUCUCUCUUCUGACUGUCUCGCUGUGCGCUGCUCUUUCCUUUCAAAUGUGCAUUCUUGGCUCAGAAAGUAAUGCCACGGCUCUGGUCAUCGAGUUCUCUUUUUUGAGGACAAUCUAUUUCAUCUCAAGAAGCAUGUAUCUAUUCCAGCAGUUUCCAACCGAGCACUUUGGCCUGCUAUUUGGAAUCGUCAUUUUCAUGCUUGCUGGGACUCAAUACACGAUUGAGCCCUUAUUCACACUCAUCCAGGAACUGGUUUAA